AUGUCUUUUGUGGUCAAUAUCUGUCUGAACCAGAUUGAUGACAAGAAGCUAAAACUACGCUUGAUUCUGGCAUCUCCAGCAGUGUUUGCGCUUAUGCUCAUGUACACUGUCGCCAAAUGCCCCGAGUCAUUCCGCUACUACUUGAUGCCCGGCUCAAGAAAGUAUAGCCCUGAAAAGGCAUAUGCCUCUUUGUUGAGAUUGCGCAACACCAAGAUACAAGCUGUCAGAGACUUGUACUUGACAUACAAGGGAAUAGACAGUGAGUUCAAAAACGAAGAAUACGAUAGCAUCAAGGCCAUCCGAAAACUUCAAACGCCAGUGGUUGGGGCUAUCAGUCACUAUGUGCUGCAGUACUGGAGAAUACUGAAAGUCCAUCGCCUUCGCAAUGCAGCUAUUACAACAGGGAUUGUGGCUUUGUCGCAGCAGCUUUCUGGAAUUAACCUUAUGGCAUUCUACGGUGGGACGACACUUGUCGGCCUCGGCCCAGGCGAUCAGCCAACAGAUGAUCAAAUCUCCAAGGCCAUGCUAUACAACUUAAUCUUUGGUCUGUUGAACUUCUUGUUCUGCUUGCCUGCAAUCCACUCCAUAGACGUUCUGGGAAGAAGGAAAGUUCUUCUGUUCACGAUCCCAGGCAUGGCCUUGACCUUGAUGGCAGCUGCAAUAAGCUUUUAUGCAGUGAAUGAGAAGGCGAGGAACGAGGGCGCGUCGCUUGCAAUAUCCAUCAACCUUCUGUUCGCCGGCCUCCUGGCGUGGCUACAGCCCCUACUGGUAGCCGGUAUCAAGUUUGGGGGAACCCUUGGGGUAUUUGCUGGCCUGAACGUUGUUGCUUUUGUUCUCAUCUUUCUCCUGAUGGAAGAAACCAGUGGCGUGCCUCUUGAGUCACUAGGGUCGGUUUUCGACCAGCGCAAGAGGGAUUUAAUCAGCUUCCAACUCAAAGAGUUCUUACCAUGGCUCGGUCGGUUCAUUCUUGGUAGGAGUAGUCUUGCUGAGAGACCUGAACGAACUCUCAACCUGAAUCCGAGCUCGGCGCCAGCUGCUUCGGUGACUGAUGAUGAGGAGGAGCGCAUUUGGAAUAGCGAUAGUGUUUCGACUGGGAUAAGGCUUACCGAGAUGUCAGGAGGGAAUGGGAGAGGCUGA